AUAUUGAUAAGUAAAAAAAUUCAUUGAAAAUUGAAAUAAGAAAAUACAAUGAAAAUAAGGCACACAGGUACUGUGCUAUAGAGACAACAGAAAAUAUAAACUAAAUAACAAUGAAAGUACAAAAAUCAAGAAAAUCUGGCAAAUAAUUUAAAAGUAAGAACACCAGAAGCAUUUGCCCAUUCAAAAAAAGUCUGAAAGAAGCUUUCAACUCAUGAAUCGAUCUUUCAUUCUCUUCAAAUAUUUUCUUAUAAGAAUGUUCGUCUUAUUUUCUUGAUAGUUGUAAUUUUCAUGCUUCCUAAUUUUGCUUUUGUGCUGGUUCCUCAGCACACUCCCUGUGUGCUUUGGUUCCUUGUGUAAUUUUUGUUUUCUUCAAUGAAGCAGUAUUUACUUAUAUUAACAAAGAAAAGAAAAAGAAUGUUCGUCUUAUUUUUCCACUGCUUUCAUUUUCCUGUUAAGAGAACAUACAAAAUUUCAUUAAUUUUAAGUUCUAUUUUGGAGCCUCAAUUGUAUCACUAAUUGUCGGUGUAUCUCCUUGCCUUCUUGGGAGGAAACCUUAGAAUGUGGAAAGUAAGAAGGAAAAUGUACUUGCCUAAUCGAGUGCAGAAGCAUAAUACAAAGUGAUGACACAGUACUAGUGAGAUAACAUGGUUACCACCACUCUUUCUUCUGUAGGUUGGCUUCUCAAUACCUAAUCCAUCCCAUUAUACUGCGAUAAUCAAGCCGUGGUACACAUUGUUUCCAAUCUUGUGUUACCAAGCAUGUAGAAGAAAAUUUCCAUCUCAUACUAGACAAGAUACUAAGUGGAGAAAUAGCUACACCAUUUGUGAGAUUUGAAGACCAUCUUAUUGAUGUCCUUACAAAGUCAUUGUGUAGGAGUUGAUUAGAGCCUAUUUUGUUCCAAGAAAGAGAAAGAAUUGUCCUACUAGAAAGAUGACAUUUGUGAGGUGUCCCUGUUCUGAACUAUUCUAGAGGAUGCUAUUGGUCGGUGCUGUUUCCUAACUCCAGAUUUGAAUCAUUUUGUCCUUUUUAAGGGGAUAUGGGACAUAGGCACUUUUCCAACUCAUUGCAAAUGCCUGAGUUUGAGAUGGACCAAGACUUUCAUCAUAGUCGUGGAACUGCUGAACAGUCUUACAUUCAUAUGGCAGGAAGGGCUGUUGCUCCAGAAAAUGGUUCUAUCAUUUAUCCAAUGGAAAAUGCACUGAUGAGUGGAGUAUACUGUGCCUCUUACCGGAACUUGGAAUGCAGGCCUGUUCAACAUUCCUUCUCUGGUGUUAGAGUGGAAGGUCCACAUAUUCCAGUGGCUGAUUCAGGAUCAUCAUGUGAUCCCUUUCCACAUUCUUCAGCUUAUCUGCACCCGGAGAAUAGUGCCAGCCAUGCUCAUUUAAGUUACUAUAAUGGGCACAACAUCCAAGAAGUGCAAGGUGGUGUAUUAGAUCCUACAAUGGGCACUGGAAGAAGUCCUUUCAAAAGAAAAAGCCCUGGACUUUCUUUAGCCUGUGAUAGAGGCAGCACAAGCAGAUUUUACGUUGCUGGAAGUUCCUCUGGUUCUUCUGAAUCUCAUCCAGGGAAAUCAACUUCAGACUGUCAAAACUAUACUUCAAGUUCCAUUUGCUUCCCUCCCUACAGGGGUGGCAGCCCCCUGUUUGGCAGUGAAGAUUCUCUAAGGAAUGUGAGAAGCCGAUCUAGACUGGAUUUGGAACCCACCAUAGGGAGAACUUACAUAUCAAAUCAAUCUUCUCAUCAUUACCAUCCAGUGACUCAUUCGGCCAGCCAAUCUGGAAGACUAGACAUUACUUAUACAAAUGUUGAUGUAAACACUCAUAAUCAGAACCAUUCCACUCCACCUCCUGCUGCAUACGGAAGGUUUCUGGCUUCAGAAAUCAAUGGAAUGAGCCAUGAGAGGAAUCAGUAUCUUGUUGGAGCAAGUACUGCAGAUAUUGGUCAUUUACACCUUAAUUCCAUACCAAGCAGAAAUCCCUUUCCAUCACCUCCACAAUAUCCUCAUGGUAUCUAUGCGCAGACCACAUGUGAAGGUCAUGGUAAUUACUCUCGAAGAGCUACAUCUUCAUAUAGAGCCAGUCCAAGUUUCUCCCAAUUGGGACAUGAAGCAGCUCACUCUGAAAAUGGUCUUCAGCUUCUCUCAGAACCUUUCUCUUACAGAUAUUCAAGGUCAUCGUCUGGCAGAGGCUGGCGUAAUACUCAUUGGGACGGAAGGUCAAGGAUAGCGAAUGAGAGAUUCAAAUCACUUUCUAAUGCUGCGGAUGCACAUGAUAGAAUGGGACCUGAGGCUAUAAUGAUGGCUGAUCACUCACCUGUGUAUGGCUCCAGAAAUUUGAUUGAUCGGUAUAGGGACAUGAGGCUUGAUGUUGAUAACAUGAAUUAUGAGGAACUACUUGCUCUAGGAGAAAGAAUAGGGCAUGUAAGCACUGGCUUGUCCGAGAAUAUGAUUUCAAAGUGUUUGAUGGAGACACCAUAUUCUUCAUCAGAACUUAUCCUGGAGGACCGCUGUGCUAUUUGCCUUGAAGAGUACAAGAUUGAGGAGGAACUUGGGAAAGUGAAGAACUGUGGCCAUGAGUACCAUGUGGACUGCAUCAAGAAAUGGUUAUUGAUAAAGAAUGCCUGCCCCAUCUGCAAAGCUCCUGCUCUAUCAGAUAGUUUGAAGGAGCAAUAGUUAACAUUUACUCUUAUGUUCUUUCAAUCUCAUUCUUGUAAAUAUAUAAAUGGAAUUGAUGAAGGGAGUUACAGAGACCUCUCAUGGAAUGUGUAUAGAAUGUUUGAAGAAACUUGGUUUAUUCUCAGUUCACUUA